GAUCUUCUUCACUCUUCAACACCUUUUUUUCCUUCUCUUCAACUCAACAAGGUAACACUUCAUUCUCAGAUCUCAUCCAAAACACCCUCAAAUUCUUGCUGGGCACAGUGUGGGAUCCACUUGAAAAGCAUUGGAUUUGAAACCCCACAGGAAAAAAGAUCACGUUUUUUAUUUGGAUUUGAGAACCCCACCAAAAAAAAUAAAAUCACAUUUUUAUUUUCAAUUGGGUAUGCUUUGUAUGUUUGUAGUGAGUAGUGGAUUGUAGGUAGUGAGUGAGUGAGUUCUCAUGGCAAUGCCAUCGGGAAACGCAGUGAUGCCGGAAAAAUUGCAGUUUCCGGGUGGCGGCAGUGAGAUCCACUACCGCCAGCAGUGGUUUGUGGAUGAAAGGGAUGGGUUUAUCAGUUGGAUUCGCAGCGAAUUCGCAGCUGCGAAUGCCAUCAUAGAUUCCCUGUGUCACCAUUUGCGUGCUGUUGGUGAUCCUGGUGAGUAUGAUAUGGUUGUUGGGGCAAUUCAGCAGAGAAGGUGUAAUUGGACUCAGGUGCUGCUUAUGCAGCAGUACUUUUCGGUGUCUGAGGUGGCCUAUGCAUUGCAGCAAGUCGCUUGGAGGAGGCAGCAGAGGUUUGUGGAUCCGGCGAAAGGCGGCUCCAAGGAGUUUAGGAAGUUCAGUUCUGGGUUUAGGCAUGGGCAGAGGGUUGAGCCUGCCAAGGAAGGUUAUAAUUCUAGUGUAGAGUCUUUUGGUCACCAGGCCGUUGAGAAGAGUGAUGAACUUAAAUCCAGUGGCAAGGUUGGGGCUGUGGAUGCCAAUAAUUUAGCAUCUGCUGAGGAGAAGAAAGAUACUGCAACAAAUCAUCAAUCUGAUGGCAUUCUUAAGAGCUCUGGGAAUUCUCAAGGAUCUCUGGCUAGCUCAGAAUGUGAAGCUGUGGGUGUAAAUGAAGAAUGUAUAUCAAAUUCUAAAGGGAAUGAUUUUCCUUCGAUGCAAAAUCAACAACAGAGUCAGAAUGCUUCUACCCAGGCAAAAACUUUUAUUGGCAAUGAGAUGUUUGAUGGGAAGAUGGUGAAUGUGGUUGAUGGACUGAAGUUGUAUGAAGAUUUAUUUGAUAGUACUGAGGUUUCAAAACUUGUUUCAUUGGUCAAUGAUCUGAGGGUUGCUGGAAAAAGGGGACAAUUUCAAGUGUUAUCAAAUGGCGGCACAAUGGCAGAAAACAGGGGUGGUUUUUUAACAAUCCGCCAUACAUAUGGCAGGUUUGCAAUGGUGGGUCAUGGCAGCUGUUAUUUGCAUGGCGGUUAUGACGGCCAUGGCAGAAAUUUUGGGAAUCUGCCCAACAAAAAAGAAUUAGGAAGUCAGACAUUUGUGGUUUCAAAAAGGCCCAUGAGAGGACGUGGAAGGGAGAUGAUUCAGUUUGGUGUUCCUAUUGCUGAUGCACCACCAGAUGUGAACAAUGCGACCGGAUCCUCCAAAGAUAAGAAUGUAGAAUCUAUGCCUUCUUUGUUCCAAGAUAUUAUUGAUCGCUUGGCUGCCUUGCAAGUGAUGACUGUGAAGCCUGAUGCUUGCAUUGUGGAUUUCUAUAAUGAGGGUGAUCACUCACAGCCUAACAAUUGGCCACCCUGGUUUGGAAGACCUGUUUAUAUGCUUUUCCUGACUGAAUGUGACAUGACUUUUGGGAGAAUAUUUGUCUCAGACCAUCCUGGCGAUUAUAGGGGUGCUGUCAAGCUUUCUCUUGUACCUGGGUCCCUUCUGGUGAUGCAGGGGAAAUCUACUGAUUUUGCUAAACACGCCAUUCCUUCUAUUCGGAAACUACGCAUACUAGUGACCUUCACAAAGUCUCAACAGAGUAAGUCUUUACCAAAUGAUUUUCAACGUCUGGCUCCAUCAUCAGCCUCUCAUUGGGUCCCACCACCGAGCAGAUCUCCCAAUCAUAUGCGUGGUCACAAGCACUAUGCUGCCACUCCAGCAACCGGAGUACUGCCAGCACCAUCCAUACGCCCACCUCCAAAUGGUAUGCAGCCAUUGUUUGUGCCGGCACCGGUUGCACCUCCCAUGUCAUUUCCUGCACCUGUGCCAAUUGUACCUGGUUCUACUGGAUGGACCUCAGCGCCUCCGAGGCAUCCUCCUCCUCGAAUACCUGCUCCGGGUACCGGAGUCUUCCUUCCCCCACCUGGCUCUGGGAGUUCGUCUCAACACUUGCCCGGUACCUUGACUGAAUUGAACCUGAGCACAGAAACCUCGAAUGUGUCUGGAAAGGAAAAUGGGAAAUCUAAUCAUAAUAACACAAGUUCUUCACCAAAGGGUAAUAUUGAUGGAAACAUCCAAAGGCAAGAACGCAAUGGAAAUGCAGAUGGAACUGAGGUUGAACAAGCUGUAAGGAAAGAGGACGAAAGCAAUGACAAAUCCCUUGCAAGCCAUUAAGUUAUGCCAGAUUAGAGAAAGAGAAAGAGCUUACCAAAGGAAAGUGGUAACCUAUAAACUUAAAAAGAGUUUGAAGCAAAUGUAAAGAGCGGCGACAUUUGAGAAGACUUGAUACUGCAAAGGAGAAAACAAGGGAAGGAGGCAAAACUUUUUGGUUCACUUCAUAGUCCUUUGUUUGCUUCAUUCCUUUUUUGUUGUCUUGUUAUAUUAACUUUUACAGCAAGGGAAACCCCAUUCUUAAUUCAGAUUUUGAUUUUU